CCAUGGCAGUGCCGGCGGCUUUGAUCCCUCCGACCCAACUGGUCCCCCCUCAGCCCCCCAUCUCCACGUCGGCUUCCUCCUCCUCCGGCACCACCACCUCCACCUCCUCGGCGACUUCGUCUCCGGCUCCCUCCAUCGGACCCCCGGCGUCCUCGGGGCCAACUCUGUUCCGGCCGGAGCCCAUCGCUUCUGCGGUGGCGGCGGCGGUGGCGGCCUCAGUCACCUCACCCGGCGGCGGCGGCAGCGGAGGCGGCAGCGGAGGCACCGGAGGCGGCGGCGGCAGCUGCAACCCCAGCCUGGCGGCCGCGGGCGCCGGCGGCAGCAGCGGCGCCUCCAGCACCCCCAUCAACGCGAGCACCGGCAGCGGCGGCGGCGGCGGCGGCGGAGGCAGCAGCAGCAGUAGCAGCAGCAGCAGCAGCAGCAGCAGCAGUAGCAGCAGCAGCAGCAGCAGUAGCAGUAGCAGUAGCAGCUGCGGCCCCCUCCCUGGAAAACCCGUGUACUCAACCCCGUCCCCAGUGGAAAACACCCCCCAGAAUAAUGAGUGCAAAAUGGUGGAUCUGAGGGGGGCCAAAGUGGCUUCCUUCACGGUGGAGGGCUGCGAGCUGAUCUGCCUGCCCCAGGCUUUCGACCUGUUCCUGAAGCACUUGGUGGGGGGCUUGCACACGGUCUACACCAAGCUGAAGCGGUUGGAGAUCACGCCGGUAGUGUGCAAUGUGGAACAGGUUCGCAUCCUGAGGGGACUGGGCGCCAUCCAACCCGGAGUGAACCGCUGCAAACUCAUCUCCAGGAAGGACUUCGAGACCCUCUACAAUGACUGCACGAACGCCAGUUCUCGACCUGGAAGGCCCCCUAAGAGGACUCAAAGUGUCACCUCCCCAGAGAACUCGCACAUCAUGCCACACUCUGUCCCGGGCCUCAUGUCUCCCGGAAUAAUACCACCAACAGGUCUGACAGCAGCAGCUGCAGCAGCUGCUGCCGCUACCAAUGCAGCUAUUGCUGAAGCAAUGAAGGUGAAAAAAAUCAAACUAGAAGCUAUGAGCAACUAUCAUGCCAGUAAUAACCAACAUGGAGCAGAUUCUGAAAAUGGGGACAUGAAUUCAAGUGUCGGACUGGAACUUCCUUUCAUGAUGAUGCCCCACCCUCUCAUCCCUGUCAGCCUACCUCCAGCGUCGGUCACCAUGGCGAUGAGCCAGAUGAACCACCUCAGCACUAUUGCAAACAUGGCGGCGGCAGCACAAGUGCAGAGUCCCCCAUCCAGAGUGGAGACAUCUGUUAUUAAGGAGCGUGUUCCCGACAGCCCUUCCCCUGCCCCGUCUUUGGAGGAGGGUCGAAGGCCUGGCAGUCACCCAUCAUCACAUCGCAGCAGCAGCGUGUCCAGUUCCCCAGCACGUACUGAGAGCUCCUCCGACAGAAUCCCUGUCCAUCAGAAUGGGUUGUCCAUGAACCAGAUGCUGAUGGGUUUGUCACCAAAUGUACUACCUGGGCCAAAAGAAGGAGAUUUGGCUGGCCAUGACAUGGGACAUGAUUCUAAAAGGAUGCAUAUUGAAAAAGAUGAGACCCCGCUUUCUACGCCAACUGCAAGAGACAGCCUUGACAAACUUUCUCUAACUGGGCAUGGACAACCACUACCGCCAGGUUUUCCAUCUCCUUUUCUGUUUCCUGAUGGACUGUCUUCCAUAGAGACCCUUCUGACUAACAUACAGGGGCUCCUGAAAGUUGCCAUAGAUAAUGCCAGAGCUCAAGAAAAACAGGUUCAACUGGAAAAAACAGAGCUGAAGAUGGAUUUUUUAAGGGAAAGAGAACUUCGAGAAACACUUGAGAAGCAGUUGGCUAUGGAACAAAAGAACAGAGCCAUAGUUCAAAAGAGGCUAAAGAAAGAGAAAAAGGCCAAGAGAAAAUUACAAGAAGCACUCGAAUUUGAGACAAAACGGCGUGAGCAAGCAGAGCAGACGCUAAAGCAGGCAGCUUCAACAGAUGGUCUCAGGGUCUUAAAUGACUCUCUGACCCCAGAGAUAGAAGCUGACCGCAGUGGCAGCAGAGCAGAUGCUGAAAGGACAAUACAAGAUGGAAGACUGUAUUUGAAAACGACUGUCAUGUACUGAAUCUUUUCUGUUGAAGAAAUCCUUAUUAUAGUAAAGAACUUGGUAGCAAGAAAUUCAUCAUGGGAAAGUUCGGGAAAAGAUAAAGUCCUUUUAAGGGAACUUUUUCCAAUUUUGUGUACUAAUGUUCUUUCAAAUUUAAGUAUUCUACAGGAAAAAAAAAGUUUCUUCCAUUGAGUUUCACCUGUGGUUCAUACUAGAGACCUGGGAAUAUUUGUAAACAUGCAAGUAUCAAACUUCUUACAGUUAAUAACUGCAACUUUACUGCUGGACACUUGUAUACAGAAUCAAAGCAGGUCGAAGAAAGACCUAGUUUUGCUUUUUUAAUGGAAUGAACCAUUUCCUCUGCUGAAAAUUCUGUAUCUGAGCACAUUAAGACUCUUGUAGCAGUGGUCACCCAGACAUACAGAAUUAUGCUCCCCUGAAACCAGCAAGAACACUUGGAACUGAACUUGUAGAGGGGCAUAGAGGAUGCUGAAUAAAAAAAAAAUAGAGUUAACUUCUGUUACGUUCGAUUUUAAACUCUCUACCUGUGGGUUUUCUCCUGAAGAUUUUUUUUUUCUUACAUACUUUCCGAAAGACCAACAAAUGGAUGUUAACAGCAACCCAAUGAAAUUACAUUUUGCAUACCUCUAAAGAGUAUUGAAUAUAAGCCAACAGGUUUCGCUGACAGUCCUGUUUUC